GCUGUUGCUCUGCACAGUCACAGACGUGAGGACAUCCUGCUGCUAUCCAUCUCAGCUCUCUGCUCUGCUCCACCAUCUCAUCUGCAGGCAGGUGAAUCUCCUGAUCCGCUGUGAGAUGUCUCCUCUGGGACCGGCUGCUUUGAUCUUGCUCCAGCUUCUUUCCAGCUGGAAACCCGCAGCAUGCUCUGGGGCGGGCAUCGUGGGGGGGAAGGAGGUGAAGCCGCACUCCUGCCCCUGGAUGGUCUCUCUGCAGGUGCGCGGGCAGCAUGUCUGCGGGGGUGUGCUGGUGAAAGACCAGUGGGUCCUCACUGCUGCACACUGUGAGAGUGCGUUUGGGGGGUGCACUGCGGCGGAGGCUGUUUUGGGGGCGCACUCCCUCAAGAAGGACACAGACGUUCAGAGACUUCGGGUGCAAGCCUGCAUCAGCCAUGGCACCUUCAAGCCGGAGACCGUAGAGCACGACAUCAUGCUACUCAAGUUGAAGACGAAGGUAAAGAUGAAAAGCAAGAAGAUCAAGGUGAAAGAUCUUCCAAAGUCGGGUAAAGAUGUACCUGCAGGUACCAGCUGUCAUGUGACAGGGUGGGGAUUGACCAAUGGGAAACAUCCGUCAGACACCCUGCGGGGGGCGGAUGUGAAGAUUGAGGGGCGGGACCUAUGCAGCUGCUACUACAAAAGCAAACCUGUCAUCACAACGGAGAUGCUCUGUGCAGGGAACAAGAAGACCAAUGAGGACGCCUGCUCAGGAGACUCUGGAGGGCCACUGCUGUGCCAGAAGGUGCUUGUGGGCGUGGUGUCUGGCGGCACCGGGUGUGGAGACCCGAAGAAGCCGGGUGUGUACACCCGUUUGUCCGAAGGACAUCUGUCCUGGAUUAAAAAGGUUAUCAAGCAUCGCAGCAACAUCAGUAUUUCUCAGACAUUCACUUAACUCUGGACCAGCUGUCUGUACAGCGGACUGAAUGUCUCACACUUCUGUUUACCUGUGAAACUUUCAGCCUGGGUCAAAUACACCUCGGAUAUUAUUUGGAUUUUAAAGCAAUACAGAAAUGAAAUGUAUACAAAAAUACUCAACAUAUAUUAUCUUUAGCUUGAUUCCAAACAGUAUAAACUAGGUUAAUUGCUGGCAUUUAUCUUUCAUUUGACACAAUGAAAGAUAUGAUUUAUACUCAAGGCAUGGCAGCAUGAAUCAUGUUUAUCUGUGAAAAUUUUAAAUUAAACACGGGUUUCAUGCAGAAGAAAAUUUCAUUGAUAUUUGUUUUUAAUUGACAAUUAUUGUUCAUCUUUAUCUUAUUGAAUAUCAAAGAAACCAAAUCUAAGCAAUUAAGGAUUGAACAAAAUUAUGAACAAAACAUGAACCAAUGUUUUUUUACUUAGCAAAUGCAUUUAGCAAAAGUAUCAUUCCUCUUUUAGAAAAAGUUUAAAACUGCACAAUCUUACCCAAACCAACGGGCUAAAAUAAUCCUUCAUUCUUCACAAUAAGAAUCCUCCUUCAUAUACCGUAGGUCAUAUAGGUUAUGAGACAAUCCACCUGCAGUUCUGUGUUAAAUUGAAUUGUCUCUUUGUACAUGAAUGUAAACAUGUUUUGCAUUGAAUGUGAUGAUUGACUGCUCUUAAAAGAUUUGUAGAAAUAAAUCUAUGCUUCCCAGAA